AUGAGCAACACCGUGAUCCUAGGCUCCGGUAUCAUAGGCCUCUCGGUCGCCUACUACCUGGCGGACCACCAGCCCGGCUCGACCAUCCACCUCGUCGAGCCGUCGCCCGAGCUCUUCGCCUCGGCCUCGGGGUACGCCGCCGGGUUCCUCGCCCGGGACUGGUUCCCGCCCGCGUCCGCCGCGCUCGGGGCCGUGAGCUUCGACGAGCACAGGAGGCUGGCCGCGGAACACGGCGGCAGGGACGCGUGGGGGUGGUCGGCCAGCACGGCGUACAGCCACUCCGCCGCGCCGACGCAGGCGCACAAAGGGGACGACGCCGACUGGCUACGCAACGGGGGCAGCCGGGCAGCCGUCGUCGAGGCCGUCGAGACUCCCGCCGACGACGACGACGACGACGGGUGCCCGUUGUGGCUGCGCAGAGAGCACGGCGACGACCUCCAGAAGAUCGGGGACUCGGGCACGGCAGGCCAAGUUGACCCCCUCCGCCUCUGCCGCUUCCUCCUGGACCAGUGCCGAUCCGCCGGCGUCCACCUCCACCACCCGGCCGUCGUCCUUUCCGUCAACGCCGACCUCCGCGGCGACCUCGCCUCGGUCCGUAUCGGCGACACGACGUCCUCGACCGAGUCCGACGUGCCCUGCACUCGCCUCGUCGUCGCCGCCGGCGCCUGGUCCCCGCGCGUCUUCGCUGACCUGUUCCCGGGCGCGUCUCUCGAGGUGCCCAUCUCCAGCCUGGCGGGCCACUCCCUCGUCGUGAGGCCGUCGACGUCGAAAAAAGCGCCGCAACCGGGGUGCCACGCCAUCUUCGGAACCGACGGCGCGGGCUUCUCGCCGGAGCUCUUCUCGAGAGUCGGGGGGGACAUCUACAUCGCCGGCGUGAACUCCUCGGUCCCCCUCCCGCAGCUGCCGGGUCAGACGCCCGUCUCGGCCGCAGCCAUCGCGCAGCUCAAGAGCGCGACAGAACGCCUUGUCGACAACGGCGACGCGGAACUCGAGGUGGUCCGGCAGGGGCUGUGCUUCAGGCCAGUGACGGCCUCGGGGACGCCUAUACUCACCCGGGUGCCAGACGACCGGCUCGGCGGCGUUUCAACGCACGCCGGUGCCGAGGGAGGGGUGUUCCUCGCGGCGGGACACGGGCCGUGGGGCAUCAGUCUGGGCCUCGGGACAGGGAGGGUCAUGGCCGAGAUGAUGCAGGGGCGGAAGCUCAGCGCCGAUGUAUCCAGGCUGGCCCUGACAUGA